GUUAUCACAAACACAGAACAACGCGCGGCUCUCUCCCUCUCUCUCCGGAUUGUACCAUCACUAGGCUGAACGUGAACUUGUGCGGGGAAAGCCGCAGAUGAAUACUUCAUCCCUGACCCACAUAAUGGCGAUACAUGAGGCUCGGUGAGCGUCCGGGGCUGCGCCGUGGAACCAAGCCGCUCCUCCGUCCGUGCGCUCUGGGUGCGGAGGGGAGCCGUUAUUCCGCCUCACGUCGAUCCCCUUCUCCACCCGGAUCCGGUUCCUCCUCCUGCUCCUGCUCCGUCUGGCAUCCACAAAAGAGGAGGAGAGAGGGAGGAGAAGGAUAAAGGAUCACAGGAUCACACAGAGGAACGACGGAGAAAGAAAAAAACAAAAACAAAAAAAAAAAAGACAAAACCGGGGGAAAAGGCCCUGAGAGCGGUGGAGGCCGUGGAUCCCCAGAGUGAGAAGAGUUCAGCCUAGUUUCAACUCAUUCAACACUUUUACUGCUCACCUACGCCUCACCUCUCCAAUAAAAAAAAAAACCCUCCCCCUCACCUUUGAGUCCUGACUCCAGCCCCCCCGGCUCUCUCACACCUCCAUCUUCCCAGCAUCCUUUAAUCAGUCCCCCUCCCUGCUCCGGUGACUCCCCCCCGCCGUGCUGAGGCCAUGGCGGUGCCUUCAGCCCAAGAGUUCCACUGGCAGAGCCUGGCCAAACUGUCCAGCGGCCGCGUCUACCACACUCUGACCGAGGUGGGGGGGCAGAUGUACAUGCUGGGGGGCUGCGAUGCUGCAGGGAGGCCUUGUGCAACGCUCGAACUCUACUCCCCAGAGGGGGACAGGUGGAUCAGCUUGGCCCCAAUGCCCACCCCUCGUGCGGGAGCAGCUGUGGCCGUGCUCGGGAAGCAGAUCCUGGUGGUGGGGGGAGUGGGAGAGGACCAGAGCCCCCUGAAGGUGGUGGAGUUGUACAGCACAGAGGAGGGGAGAUGGAGGAAGAGGAGCGCUCUGCGGGAGGCUCUGAUGGGCCUUUCCAUCACUGUGAAAGAUGGCCGAGCUCUGGCUGUGGGGGGAAUGGGUGCAGACCUGCUCCCUCGUAGCAUUCUGCAGCAGUACGACCUUCGGAAGGACGUGUGGGCGCUGCUUCCUCCCAUGCCGACCCCGCGAUACGAUGCCAACACACAUCUGCUGGGCAACAAGCUGUAUGUGGCAGGUGGACGUCAGUGUAAGCGACCGGUGAAGGCCUUUGAGGUGUACGACUCGGAGACACGUACCUGGACUACACUACCCAUGAUGCCAUGCAAACGCUCCUAUGGGGGUGUGAUAUGGGACCCCGCUGGGAGGCUGUGUCUUCUUGGUGGACUGAGACAGGGAGGAGGACACCAGAGCUCCAAGUUCACCAAGAACAUCAACAUUUUUGACACCAAUCAAGGUGUCUGGCUGAAGUCAGAGGACACGGUGGCCAUGAAAACCAAGAGGGCUGACUUCGCCGCCGCCUUCCUGCGUGGCCGGAUGAUAGUAGCAGGGGGUCUGGGUCAUGAACCCACGGCGUUGGACACCGUGGACGCCUUCCAUCCCGAGAGGAAGAAGUGGGAGAGGCUGGCCCCCAUGACCUUCCCCCGAUGCUCCGCCUCCUCCAUCGUCAUCAGAGACCGGCUCCUAGUGGUGGGAGGAGUCAACCAGGUUCCCAGCUCGGCCCACGAGAUCCUCUACGUCAAAGAAGAGGAGUAUCUGUAGAGUGAGAAGUGACUGACAGCACCUGAAUGCAGCACAACAGUGGUUCCACUUCCUCUCUUCUGUACACGUCUCCUAAAUCCAACUGUGCAAUAUGUAGGAAGUUAUAAAAAAAAAAAAAAAAGAAAAAAAAAAAG